GGGGAAAUAAGCACCAGAGGAGAGAGAGGGAGAGCUUGAGCUUGUUAUCAAAGCCAUGGAGGUGGAGGUAAGGCCGGUGGGAGGUUUGGAGACGUGCUUCGUCUCACUGCCUCUCCCCUUAAUUCACACCCUCCAAUCCACCACCAGCUCCGGCUUCCUACCACCAAUCCUUGCUCUUGAGCUCCGGCCACUUAACAAGAGCGACCGUCGCUGGCACGUCGCCUGGUCCGGCUCCGCUUCUCAAUCUGCUGCCAUCGAGGUGGCACAGCAAUUGGCAGAGUCCAUUGGUUUACCAAGCCAUGCUAAAGUUCAGGUGAGGGCGAUCGCUACUCUGCCGCGAGCUACUGGGGUGACUAUAGAGCCUGUUAGUGAGGAUGAUUGGGAGGUACUUGAAUUGAAUUCAGAGUUCGCCGAGGAGACAAUAUUGAAACAGGUUGGAGUCGUGUAUGAAGGAAUGAAAUUUCCAUUGUGGCUACACUCUCACACAGUCGUUCUCUUUGUGGUAAUUUCAGCCUUACCUAAGCAAUCUAUAGUGCAACUUGUGCCAGGAACUGAAGUUGUAGUUGCACCAAAGACACGUAAAAAGAACACCUCUUUACCGACAGAUCUAGUGACCUGUUCCUUGAAAGAUCAUCUUGCAAGGAGAGCACUCAUGCGUGUUCAAGAACUAGACCAAAAUUUGAUUAAGCAACAAGAAGUCAAUGGAUUUAAGUUGAGGGUGGUUCCAACUUCUCUUGCUUUCAUUCAUCCAGAAACUGCCAGAACUAUAGAAUUUUGUAAUUCAGAGAAAGUUAUUUUAACGUCUAGAGUAUUGAGGGAUAAGAACAUUCAGAACAAGAGAGGGAACAUCUCAGGGAAAAAGAGUAGUUACAAAGAGGCAAAUGGCGGUUCUUCAUCUUCCAGAAAGAAAACCUCUAGGCAUUUGAUUGUUCGCCUUGUUCUUUCUGAUUCAGCAGCAAAAGGACAUGUCAUGCUUCCUUGGUCUGUUUGUUCUUAUUUGCAAGCAGAAGUGCAUUCCUGGCUUUAUGUCAAGAAGUAUGACCAGCCUCUUGUCAAUGAUAUUCCUAACCUGAAUCUUUCACCUUGCUGGUUCAAGUUGUCCAACAAUGAGAACUCUUUUGAAGCCAAUAGUCCUAACAUGUUUGAGAGGCAAUUGAAGUCAAAUAGUAGAAGGCUUGGUUGUAAAAGAGAUUUUGCCAUUGGCAACGAAGUGAUAGAUUGGUCAUUGCAUGAGAGACUUUUGGCUACUCUCCCUUGUAUAUAUCCUCAAAAUGAAAAGGAUGUGACCGCACCCUUGGUGAAGCAAAACCUCAUAUGGACAUGGAUUACUAGUCAACUGAUUGUGGAGGCAUCCUCAACUUGUCAAAGCAAUACAGGUUCUGUUCUACUGGGAAAGGAAACGUUAUUUCAUUUUGAACUAGAUAUGGGCUGUGGGAUAGAUCAACGAUCCUCCCUAAAAUCUAGUGAAGGGAACAGUAAGGCUGAAGAUUCAACUGUAGAAAUCCUAUUUCUUUUGGCAGCUGAUUUUGGGGAUAGUGACCAGAAGAGCAGUUAUGAGCUUUCUAUACCAAAGGACAUUGAUGGGCAAAAUAGGUCGGAAGGUCUAGAGCUGCUGCGCGGCAAACUAUGCAUGGGUAAGCCUGUUUCUUUUGACUAUGUUGACCAAAAAAGGUAUGCUGUAAGCUCUGGAGUAGCAAUCUCAUCUUUGCACUGGAUGGAGGCAGCUGCAUCUGAAGCUUUAAAUAGGAUAAUGAUGAUACUGUCUCCCUUUGCUGGAAAGUUGUUUAACUAUUACAAUUUACCGUUCCCUGGUCAUGUUCUCCUUUAUGGACCUCCAGGAUCUGGGAAAACACUAUUGGCUUCUGCUGUUGCCAAACAUUUUGAAGACCACAAAGAUAUAUUAGCGCAUGUAGUCUUUGUGAGCUGCUCAAAACUUGCUGUGGAGAAGCUUCAGUCAGUAAGGCAGGGUCUUGCUAACUACAUUUCUGAAGCUCUAGAUCACUCUCCUUCUCUUGUCAUAUUUGAUGAUCUUGAUAAUGUUCUAUCAUCAUCUUCUGAACCUGAGGCUUCUCCAGCUUCUAAUGCUGUCACUGCUGUUGCUGAAUUUCUUUCAGAUAUUAUUGAUGAAUUUAGGGACAAGAGAAAAAGCUCUUGUGGAAUUGGACCAGUUGCCUUCAUGGCUACCGCUCGUUCCCUUGGUAGUCUGCCCAAGUGUUUGACUAGUUCAGGUCGGUUUGAUUUUCACUUGCAGUUGUCUGCACCAGCUGCUGCUGAGCGUGGUGCUAUACUGAAGCAUGAGCUCCACAGGCGUGCUUUGUUGUGUUCAGAAGAUGUGCUUGAGGAUAUUGCAGCAAAAUGUGAUGGAUAUGAUGCAUAUGACUUGGAAAUUUUGGUUGAUAGGGCUGUCCAUGCUGCUGUUGGACGUGUGGUAUCUCAUCCAGCUAUUGGAAAGCAAGAAAAAGCUUUCCUAAUAAUGGAAGAUUUUCUGCAAGCAAUGAAUGAUUUCCUUCCUGUAGCUAUGCGUGAUAUUACAAAACCUGGUUUGGAAGGUGGUCGGCUAGGAUGGGAAGAUGUUGGUGGUCUUAGUGAGAUUCAAAAUGCUAUUCAAGAGAUGAUUGAGCUACCUUCGAUGUUUCCAAAUAUCUUUAAGCAUGCUCCUCUUAGGUUACGGUCAAACGUACUACUAUAUGGCCCCCCUGGCUGCGGAAAAACACAUAUAGUUGGUGCAGCAGCAGCAGCUUGUAAAUUGAGAUUUGUUUCUGUCAAAGGUCCUGAACUUUUAAACAAGUAUAUUGGUGCAUCAGAACAGGCUGUUCGUGAUAUCUUCUCAAAGGCAUCUAUAUCUGCACCUUGUCUUCUAUUCUUUGAUGAGUUCGAUUCAAUCGCUCCAAAGAGAGGACAUGAUAAUACAGGGGUUACUGAUCGUGUUGUCAACCAGCUAUUAACUGAACUUGAUGGUGUUGAAGCACUAACUGGAGUCUUUGUGUUUGCUGCAACUAGUCGGCCAGACCUGCUUGAUGCUGCACUUCUGCGUCCUGGAAGACUUGAUCGACUUCUUUUCUGUGAUUUUCCUUCAAAGCAUGAGAGACUGGAUAUUCUAAAAGUUCUCUCUAGAAAGCUUCCCAUGGCAAGUGAUGUUGAUUUAGAUGCUAUAGCUUCCGUAACUGAUGGAUUUAGUGGUGCUGACCUCCAAGCUGUUUUAUCUGAUGCACAACUUGCAUCCGUUCAUAAACUUCUAGAAAGCAUGAAUGGUCCAGUAAAUGGUAGAGUUCCAGUUAUAGACAACUCAACUUUGAGGGCGGUGGCUUUGAAGGCAAGGCCGUCCGUCUCACAAUCGGAGAGGCAGAGACUCUAUGGGAUCUAUAGUCAGUUCUUGGAGUCUAAAAAAUCUGUUGGUACACAGUCGAGAGAUGCAAAGGGCAAAAGGGCUACUUUAGCUUGACAGAUCAGCUAUAAGAUUAUUAUCUUGCUUCAUUAGUGUUCUACACUCAGGUAGCGGGACGAUGGAUCCUAUGCUAGAGGUUCGUUAGCAAGCACUGUCAGCGGCAUGGUACAUAAAAAUGGGCAAUGGAAGUUAGUGUACACAUAUAAUAUCUAUCUUUUAUUGAUUUUUGCACCCUUCGAGGCUGUGUAUCAGCUUGUAUAGUCUAUGUAAGUUAAUGCAAAAGUGUUUCCUGUGCUAAUGGAAAGUGUAUAUACUUUUUUUA